GGGGCAACUGCUGGCCUGGGGCCCAUCAACCUACUACUCACACUUGAGACUGUGCCCUGGGGGUACCCUUUGUCAGGGCCUGCCACCAUGCGACUGAGCUCCCUGUUGACUCUGCUGCGGCCAGCGCUCCCCCUCAUCCUGGGGCUGUCUUUGGGAUGCAGCCUGAGCCUCCUGCAAGUAUCCUGGAUCCAGGGUGAGGGAGAAGAUCCCUGUGUAGAGGCUGUGGGAAGGCCAGGAGGGCCACAGAAUCCAGACUCAAAAACUGGGCUGGACCAAAGCGAUGAAGACUUCAAACCCAGGAUUGUCCCCUACUACAGGGAUCCUAACAAGCCCUACAAGAAGGUGCUCAGGACGCGGUAUAUCCAGACAGAGCUGGGCUCUCGUGAGCGCUUGCUGGUGGCUGUCCUGACUUCCCGCGCCACACUGUCCACCCUGGCUGUGGCUGUUAACCGUACAGUGGCACAUCACUUCCCUCGAUUACUCUACUUCACAGGGCAGCGAGGGGCCCGGGCUCCCUCAGGGAUGCAGGUGGUAUCUCUUGGAGAUGAGCGGCCUGCCUGGCUCAUGUCAGAGACGCUGCGCCACCUUCACGCACACUUUGGGGCCGACUAUGACUGGUUCUUCAUCAUGCAGGAUGACACAUAUGUGCAGGCCCCCAGAUUGGCAGCUCUUGCUGGUCACCUUAGCAUCAACCAAGACUUGUACUUGGGCCAUGCAGAGGAAUUCAUUGGUGCAGGCGAGCAGGCCCGGUACUGCCAUGGCGGCUUUGGCUACCUGUUGUCACGGAGUCUCCUGUUGCGCCUGAGGCCCCAUCUGGAUGGCUGCCGAGGGGACAUUCUCAGUGCCCGGCCUGAUGAAUGGCUUGGCCGCUGCCUCAUCGACACUCUGGGCAUCGGCUGUGUUUCACAGCACCAGGGGCAACAGUAUCGCUCCUUCGAGCUGGCCAAGAAUAGGGACCCCGAGAAGGAGGGGAGCUCUGCUUUCCUGAGUGCCUUCACCGUUCACCCUGUCUCCGAGGGUUCCCUCAUGUACCGGCUCCACAAACGCUUCAGCGCUCUGGAGUUGGAGCGGGCUUACAGCGAAAUAGAACAACUGCAGGCUCAGAUCCGGAACCUGACAGUGCUGACCCCUGAGGGGCAGGCAGGGCUGAGCUGGCCUGUGGGGCUCCCGGCCCCUUUCACACCACACUCUCGCUUCGAGGUGCUGGGCUGGGACUACUUCACAGAGCAGCACACCUUCGCCUGUGCAGAUGGGGCUCCCAAAUGCCCACUGCAGGGCGCUAGCAGGGCAGAUGUGGGGGAUGCCGUGGACACUGCUCUGGAGCAGCUCAAUCGGCGCUAUCAGCCCCGCCUGCGCUUCCAGAAGCAGCGGCUUCUCAACGGCUACAGGCGCUUUGACCCCUCGAGGGGCAUGGAGUACACUCUCGACUUGCUGCUGGAAGCCGUGACUCAGCGAGGGCACCGACGCUCCCUGGCCCGCAGAGUGAGCCUGCUGCGGCCACUGAGCAGAGUGGAAAUCCUGCCUAUGCCCUAUGUCACUGAGGCUACCCGGGUGCAGCUGGUGCUGCCGCUCCUGGUGGCUGAAGCGCCAGCUGCCCUGGCUUUUCUUGAGGCCUUUGCUGCCAGUGUUCUAGAGCCUCGAGAACAUGCAUUGCUCACCCUGCUGUUGGUUUAUGGGCCUCGGGAAGGCCGCGGGGGCCCUGACCCAUUUGUUGGGGUGAAGGCUGCAGCAGCCGAGUUAGAACGACGGUACCCUGGGGCGAGACUGGCCUGGCUUGCUGUGCGAGCAGAGGCCCCCUCGCAGGUGCGGCUCAUGGACGUCAUCUCCAAGAAACACCCGGUGGACACACUCUUCUUCCUUACCACGGUGUGGACAAGGCCUGGGUCGGAGGUCCUCAACCGUUGCAGGAUGAAUGCCAUCUCGGGCUGGCAGGUCUUCUUUCCAGUCCACUUUCAGGAGUUCAACCCUGUUCUGUCAUCACAGAGAUCUCCCCCAGGUGUCCCUGGGGCUGGUCCCGAUCCCCCAUCCCCCGGUGUGGACCCUUCUCGUGGGGCUCCAGUCGGGGGCAGAUUUGACCGGCAGGCAUCGGCAGAGGGCUGCUUCUACAAUGCCGACUAUCUGGCAGCCCGUGCCCGGCUGGCUGGUGAACUGGCAGGCCAGGAAGAGGAGGAAGCCCUGGAGGGGCUGGAGGUGAUGGAUGUUUUCCUCCGGUUCUCAGGGCUCCACCUCUUUCGAGCCGUAGAGCCAGGGCUGGUGCAGAAGUUCUCCCUGCGGGACUGUAGCCCCCGGCUCAGUGAGGAACUGUACCACCGUUGUCGCCUCAGCAACCUGGAGGGGUUGGGGGCCCGUACCCAGCUGGCCAUGGCUCUGUUUGAACAGGAGCAGGCCAAUAGCACCUAGUGUCCCCACCCCUGUGUCUGCCAUAGCCCCAGGAAGGGCAAGGCAAGGUGAUGGACAGAUGGAGGGCUGUCACUGUAUUUUUUUUUAAAUAAGAAAUGAUGUUAUUAAAAGUAUCUUCUGCCAAACUCUUUAGGUCUAGGGAGAGGGGU